AUGACGAUUAUGAGGUACAUCACGUCAUUUCUGAUUGGACUAUUCUUCAUCUUUCUUGGUCUGCUCAAAGUCGCUCCCGUGGAGCUCGAUCACGGUUUCGGUCACGAACAGUUUGAAUCCAUCUUCUAUGACCAUUUUGCCAGUCUUCCCUUCAAGAGUAUGUUCGCGGUGACGAUCACGCCCGAUAUUUUGAUGUCUGCAAUCGGUUUUAUUGAAGUCGUCUGCGGGACCAUGCUAGCCUUUGGGAGGUCAUCAUGGCAGAGGGUUGGCACGUUUUAUCUACUGAUUAUUGUGGUUGGAGCCUAUAUUGCCCAGCAGCAGGUCGGAGGUUCGAGUCUCUACCUGAAUGCGUCUACAUUUGUUAUUGGUGUCGCACUGGCGUUUUUGUUGAUUCAUAAAGAGAGUUCAGUGGGUGGUGAUUAA